AAAAUGAAACCGCUCAUUUCCUUUCCUCAUUUUCCAUGCAAACGUAAUUUCAGGAAUUUGACAGCGUUCCAUAUUUUGAACACGUCAUCACAUGGUCCCACGUGGCGAGAUCCCAUCGGCUACCGACAACAGACAAACAGUUCUACGGCGCACACUGCUAAUUUGUACCGCAACACCCCCUCUUCUAUAUCAUUACAUUAAAUACGCGCUCUCCAUUUUCACUUCUCUUUUCCAGCUCCAAAUUCCAGUCAAAAUAUUUUCCAGGAAAAUUCCCAUUUUGAAUCGGGUGGGAAAGUUAGGUGUCUUUUAUGCGGGGAUCUGUUGAUUAGUUUGCUAUUGAACUCUGAUGAGACGCCGCCCAGUGACGCUGGGUCCUUUAGAAGCGAUGGAGAAGGGUUCCCCUAAGAAUCAACAAACCCGGCUCUGUUUCUUAGCCUCUUUAUCAGCCUUUUUCUGGAUUUUGCUUUUGUAUUUCCAUUUUGUGGUUCUAGGAAGUAGCCCUACAGUUGAGGAGUCGAUUACAUUACAACCAGUCAAAUUAGAAUCUCCUUUGGUUAAUGUUGAGUCCGUUCCUUCUCCGGUGACCGAUACCCGUGUAGAGAAGGAGAAGCUUGCUCCUGUGAAACCUGUUCAGGAUACAGCUGGUGAAAAGGUGGUGCCUUACCCGUUUAUGAGAGCUUUGAGGACGGUGGAAAAUAAGAGCGAUCCAUGUGGUGGAAGGUAUAUUUAUGUGCAUAAACUUCCUCCAAGGUUUAACGAGGAUAUGCUUAAGGAGUGUAGGAGUUUGAGCCUUUGGACUAAUAUGUGUAAAUUUACUAGUAAUAAAGGGCUUGGUCCCCCGCUUGAGAAUGUUGAAGGGGUGUUUGAGAAUACCGGGUGGUAUGCCACGAAUCAGUUUGCGGUGGAUGUGAUAUUCAGUAAUCGUAUGAAGCAGUAUGAGUGCUUGACCAAUGAUUCCUCGAUCGCAGCCGCAAUAUUUGUACCAUUUUAUGCUGGCUUUGAUAUUGCAAGGUAUCUUUGGGGAUAUAAUAUCUCAACAAGGGAUGCUGCUUCGCUAGAUUUGGUUGAUUGGCUGAUGAAGAGGCCUGAGUGGGGUAUAAUGGGAGGGAAGGAUCAUUUUCUCGUGGCUGGUAGAAUUACCUGGGAUUUCAGGAGAUUGAGUGAUGAAGAAUCUGAUUGGGGUAAUAAGCUUCUGUUUCUACCUGCUGCAAGGAAUAUGUCAAUGCUUGUUGUUGAGUCAAGCCCUUGGAAUGCAAAUGAUUUUGGGAUUCCAUAUCCAACCUACUUCCAUCCUGCGAAGGAUGAGGAAGUGUUUGUCUGGCAAGAUCGGAUGAGAAAAUUGGAGAGGAAGUGGCUAUUCUCUUUUGCAGGUGCACCUCGUCCUGGCAAUCCAAAGUCAAUAAGGGGGCAGAUUAUCGAUCAGUGUAGGAAUUCAAAGGUGUGCAAGUUGUUGGAAUGUGAUUUUGGGGAGAGCAAAUGUCAUUCACCAAGCAGCAUAAUGCAGAUGUUCCAGAGCUCCCUCUUCUGCCUACAACCUCAAGGAGAUUCAUAUACGAGGCGAUCUGCUUUUGACUCAAUGUUGGCUGGUUGUAUUCCUGUCUUCUUCCAUCCUGGCUCGGCAUACACACAGUACACUUGGCAUCUUCCCAAAAAUUUUACCACCUAUUCAGUGUUCAUCCCAGAAGAUGAUAUCCGUAAAAGGAAUGUUAGCAUAGAGGAGAGGCUCAGUCAAAUUUCUCCUGAGCAAGUGAAGAUCAUGAGAGAGACAGUCAUAAAUCUCAUUCCUAGGCUGAUAUAUGCAGAUCCUCGCUCUAAACUGGAGACUCUUCAAGAUGCUUUUGAUGUCGCCGUACAGGCAGUCAUUGACAAAGUAACAAGGUUGAGGAGGAACAUUAUCCAAGGUCGUACUGAAUAUGAUAACUUUGUGGAAGAAAAUAGUUGGAAAUAUGACUUGUUAGAUGAAGGACAGCGAGAGGUUGGAGCUCAUGAAUGGGAUCCUUUCUUCUCAAAACCAAAGGAUGAGCAGAGAGAUCAAUCUGCAGAAGCUGCGAAAAAUUCUUGGAAGAAUGAGCAGAGAGAGCAAUGAUAACUAGAAGUUGAUGAAGCAGUAUAGAAACUCAACCAAAGCUGUAAUGCAAUCUCCAGAGUCUCAAAACAAGAUUUCCUGUUUUGAGUUGGGUGGUUUACAGGUAUAACCUUGUAAGGGCCUUCUUGUGCAUCAACUAUAGAUAUUACCCACUAAGCAUCUUAGGCCAGAGGUUUAAAACAUCUAUACAUAAUCUCUGCACCAAACAACAGUUAAUAUAAAAAUUUCUGCUUUUGGGCUAUGUAUUUGGGUUAGUGAUUCUUUUUGAUGUUUGUUAUGAUAGCUGAGAUGUUGUCCGUUUGUCUGCUUAGAUGUUACAGUAUUAUCAAUGCAUACAAGAAAUAAUAACUAAUAA